AUGCCGAAAUGGUUACAAAAAGCAACUUAUUUUUGCAAAGAAGUUUUUAAUGAACAAAAUGAAAAAGAAGAUGGAAUUAAAUUAUUUGAAAAACUGUUAAUGAGAAGAAAUCCUUAUGAAGCAAUGAUUUAUAUUGAAGUAUUAGAGAAAUACAAAGAAAAAGAAGUAAUCGACAAAUAUAUUUCUCUUUAUUUCGAUUCUUUCAUGGAAAUUCCAAAUAUAGAAAUGGCUCAAAUUCUUUCAAUUUUGUUUAGAUUUAAUACGAAUUUAAUCAGUAAAUUUGCUGAUAGAAUGAACAAAUACAUGACAGACAAAUUUGUUAAUGAAUGGCCGGAAAUUAUCAUUGAAUUUGGAAUACCUCUUAUUGAUCAAAGUUUGACUGAAUAUAAAAUACAAACUGAUUUUGUUUUGGGAUCUAUUGAUCCGAAAUUUGGAAUUAUUGUUCCAAGACAUGCUGUUUUAUUAGCACAAGCAUUGAUGAAAACAUCUCCUGAACAAAAUGAAGAAAUUAUUUCUUUCAUUGAUGAACAUAUUUCAAGUGUUUCUGAAAUGAAUGAUAUGUUUACUAAUUCUGCAACAAUUACUGAAUUAUUUGAUUCUUUCUUGGAAUUGGCGCCACAAAAAUUCACAAAACUUUUGGAACAAUGUUUGGAAAGAUCUACAACAAUCGAUGAUGAUUUCCCUUCAAAAGAUGAUGCAAUUGAAGCUCAUUCUUUCAUUGGAACAUUGAUUCAUUUGGCUUCUCAUUCAACAAUUCUAAAACAAGUAAAAGAACAAAAACUUUUUGACAAAUUUGUAUCAAAAAUGUCAAAAAUUUUCGAAAUUUUGCCAUCGUUAGUGACAGAUUUGACAAUUGAAGAUUUCUGGAAUUUCGCAAAGUAUUUUGAUGAUUCUCUAUUUAAUUAUUUCAAGAACAACAAUGAUAUGAGUUUCCUCACAGUAUUACCUGAAUUUUUAUUAACAAAGAAAUCUGAUUUCUUCACAAAACAACUCAAAAACGAUUUAUCUUUGUUGAAACGAAAAUUAAAUUCAAAGAAACAAGAAGCGGUUUUUAUCAAUUUAUUAUUGUCACUUUUUGAAAAAGAAAGCAACGAACAAAUUACAGAAAUCAUAACUAAAUACAAAAGUACAAUUCAUGAUACAAAAACAGAUGCGUUUCUUUUAUCAAGAAUUACUGAAUACUUAAAAACAACUAAAAAUAAUAAUCAAAAUGAACAAAUUAAAUAUGAAUUUAUUCCAGGAAAUAAAACAUCUCAUAACAUGACAAUUCUUAAUUUCUACAAGAACUCUAUUAGUGAUAACAACAUUUUCAAGACAUUUAUUAAGAACAUUGAUAUCUAUGACAAUGGAAAACUCAAAGAUUUAAAUAUUGAUUGUGAUUAUUUAAUUAAAAUAAUCAACAAAAACAUGUCAGAUGGAAUUUUCCUGUUCAAGAUGUUUAACUUCAUUGGAAGUAACAUGGAAUCGUUUAGUAAUCAUAUAGACAAAUUAUAUCAUUACUUGCAAAUCGUAUUGUUUACAUUUAUGAAUAUAAAUCACGAAAAUUUCAAGAAUUUGUCAGUUUUCAUUAAACCGAUUUGCAACAUUCUUAAAACGAAAUCAACUGAAAACAUGAAUAGUUUGUUCUUGGAUAUACUUUCUAAAAUGCAAGACCUUCAUUCUGAUGAUAAUAAUGAUAUAAUCAAGUUUUAUCCGAUGCUUGGAGAAUGUAUUUCUGAAUUACCAAAAAUAAAUUCACAAGAAAUUUUUGAAAAAACACAUCAAGUUUUGCAAAAAUUGCUUUCAGGUAAAAAAGAUGAAAAAGCAAUUUUAGCAGUAUUAACAUCUAUUUUGUCAAUGACGAAACACAUGGAUAUACAAUCUAAUUAUGUAGAUCUUUAUGCUUCAACUCUUUCUUCAGAGAAUUUUGAAAUUUCUCUUCAAACUUUUAGAAUUUUACAAAAAUUCAUUCAUAUUGAAAUGGUUAGAAACAUAUUAUCUGAUAAAUUUGCAACAAUGAGAGAAAUAGGAAAGUGUUUAUCAGUUAUAUUGCUUUGGAAACAGAAUAUGCCAGUAGAUUUUUCGAUUUCUUAUCUUUUGAAAUCGAGUUUAGAAUUUUCUUUUCAUUCUGUUGCUCAAAAUUUCUUGACAUCUUAUGUUUUCUACAAUGUUUUCUCAAGUAACAUUGAGAAUUCUUUGUCUGUAUUAUUAACAUAUGUUAAUGAUGCAAUAAGCAGCAAAUCAGCAAACAAAUUAAAAGCUGUUUAUAAUGCUUUGAUUAAGUUAAUGAAAGAUAAAAACAAAAUUGCAGAAAAAAUCUUGGGUUCAUUAACUCAAAACAAAGAUUUUGUUUCUGUUGUUUGUGAUAAGAAUAUUAAUGAAUUCUCUAAAUUAGAAACAAAUGUUUUAGAGUUACUUCCUCAAAUUCCAAAUUGUUCUAUUUGUUUCGAAAACAAAUUCCCUGAAAAUUCAAAAACAAAUAUUGUUGUGGCCGCUCAAACAUUGUCGAAGUUAUUUGAUAUAAGUCAAUUUGAUUCAUUAAGGAUUUUGUCUUAUUUCACAAAAAUGGAAAUCAAAUUAUUGGCAAAAAUAAAAAUUGAAGAAAAGAAUGAAUUUCUUCAAGUAAAACUUCGACAAAGUUUCGAUUCAGAACUUGGAGAUUGGGAUAAAACAAAAGUUAAUUUAAGUGACAAUCCUGAUUUCAUUGAUUCUACUUAUGAAAUCAUUCCAAAACCAUUGAUUUAUAGUCAUCAUCUUUAUUUCGACAAAGCUUUCAAAUCAUUAACAGAUUACAAUGAUGAAAUGACUGCUGCUGUUUCUUCUAUGGCUCUACAAAGAGGAGAGAGGUCAAUAUUAAGGACUUUCUGUGACGGAUUGCCAAGAGAUCGUGUUCCUUCUCAAGAAUUGUUCGGAAUAAUUAAAAAACUCAAAAAUGAAGUGAUUCCUUUGACAAAAAGUGACGAAAUUUGUCAAUUUGUUGUUAUUUCUCAAGUCAAACAAUUUAUUAGAUCGAUUUCUAAAUCGAAGGGAAUUCCAGACUUUGUUAUUAAGAUAUCUCCAGCUGAAAUGACUGAAGUACAAAAUAGUUUUGAAUCUAUUUCACAAAAAAUCAAUAAUUUGACAGGAAAAAUUUUACCAGUAAAGCCAAAUUUGAUUGAGAAAUCAAACAAAUGUUUCAUGAUGAAUCAAGAUGAAGAAAAUGAUAUAGCAGAAAAGAACGAAUCACAACUUUUAACAUUUAUGUUAAGUUGUCCAAUAAAAGAUGAAACAGAAUUAAAGUUUUGUUAUCCUUUAAUUCGUCAAAUUCUCGAAAGAAACAUGAAAUCAUUUGUUGCUUAUUCUGCUUUAUAUUAUCUUUAUAAAAAUAAUUUGAUUUCCGGCAAGAAGUUGAUGACUUCUUUAGUUCCAAUUGCAAGAAUUCCUGCAGAGUUUUCACAUUUAUUUGCUCAAUUUGUUAACAAAGAAAAUCCAAGUUUAGAAUCAAGAAUUCAUCCUGCUUUUAGUUUCGUUAUCCAUCCUGGGAAAAACAAAUUUGUUCAAUUAGUUCUUCGGAAAUCAAAUGAAGAAAGAUAUAAAAUACUAAUAGACAAAUCUCAAAAAGAUGAGUUCAAAGAAACAUCUUAUUACGAAAGAUUCUGUUUGCAAAACAUUUAUCCUUUGUUGGAAACACAUUUACAAACAGAUAUAAUUGAGAUUUCCUUUAAAUACUCAUCAUUGGAUGCAAAUUAUUUAAGUGUUUCUGCACUUUUAUACACUGGAGAAAGAAUUAAUUAUUUAGUAACAAAUCAACCAUUUACAACUCCAGAAAACACGACUGCAGCAAGGGAAAUAACAAGGAUAUUUGGAAGAUCUCCUUCUAGUUUAAUGAGGAACCAAAGAUUGAUGUAUUUCGAUUCAGAAAAGUUGUCUGAUGAUUGUUAUUUAACAAGAACAGAUAAUUUACCUUUUGUUAAAAACGAAUCUGCCGUUGAAUUUAAUUCCAUUCAAUGCUUUGAUAACAAGAAAGAAUAUGUUGAAUGGAUGACACAGUUUGCAUAUAAUUAUGCUGCUCUUUCUUCUAUUUUGUAUGUAAGAAAUGCAGAAACAUUCAACGGACAUAAAGCAUUGCUUGACAAGAGAUCAGCAAAUGUCAGUCAAUUAUUCAUGGAAAGAUCAGAAAAACAAAAUGUAAUGAAGGUAUUUGACGUGAAAAAUGUUUUAAUAGGUCCAUUUAGAAAUGCAUUCAUUUCUGCAUGCGAUGCAUUAUCAUUGAAGAGUGUGAGAAUGAGAAUGAUUGGUGUUUGUUUGCUCUCUGAUACAAAAGAAGAUGCAACGAAAACUGAAAAAAAAUCACAUUAUUUAUCUCUGAGAAAUAAUGAUUCUGAUGUUUUGCAAGAGAGAAUUAAUAAUCUCAUCACAUCAACUGAUACAAAACCAUUCUCAUGGUUUAUUUAA